AUGACGUACCCGCAGGUAAAGAACCUGUGUCUCAGAACUGGCAAAUCCUUUAGGGAAUUGGUACAGCCAGAACAUCACCAUGAAGGGAAAACCUCUCCUUUUUGCAUCCUCCCCAUUGAUAUGGUGAAGUCAUUCCCAAUUGACUAUAUGGACCUUUGUUGCCUCAGAGUAACCCAGAAGCUCUUGAUUAUGUGGACUAGGGGAAAGACUGGGGCCAGGUUUUCAUUGGUGCAAGUCAAGGAGGUCAGUCAACGACUAAACAGACUAAAGGAUUCAAUUCCAGACUGCUUUGCUCGCAAACCACGGGGAUUGGAUGACCUUGACCAUUGGAAGGCCACAGAAUUCAGACAGUUUCUACUCUAUACUGGGAAAGUAGUGCUGAGAAGAAUCUUGUCUAAAGAACAGUACACACACUUCAUGGCCUUCAGUGUUGCCAUGUGCAUUUUGGUUUCUCCUCAACUUUCUUCAAUCCACAGUGCCUAUGCUCAUACUUUACUGAACUUCUUUGUGGAGCAGGGAAGGGUUUUGUAUGGAGCCACAUUUCUUGUGUAUAAUGUUCACUCCCUCGUACACCUCACUGCUGAUGCUGAAGAACAUGGCUGCCUUGACAACUGUAGUGCUUUCAAGUUUGAGAACUACUUGCAACAACUAAAGAAGAUGGUCCGUUCAGGGAGGCAGCCACUUGCGCAAAUUUGUAAAAGAGUGCAAGAACAUACAAUUAGAGCUUCUCCCCAAAAAUGAGACGGCCAAACAAUGCCUACAUACUUAAUGAUAGGUCAUGCUGUGAGGUAGUGAGCCAAGAAGAUGCCUCUGAUACUUACCUCUGCAGGGUGUUUCAGCAUCUGGAAUCUUACACGCUGAGACUCAAGACUGUAUUGGACUUUCCGCACCACUACGAGGAGCGCACAAAUGCGUCUCAUUGCAAAGAGCAGUAUUGUUAAGCAAGCUAUUAUACUUGAGGAGGACCAUGGCACUCGUGUUGUGCUUACCAUCUUGCACAGCCUGUAGCAAGCCCCAUUUAGCUACAGCCAAGUUCACAAGCUGUAUAAAUCAUGGCUGGUAAAUCAAGAGACUGAACAGUGUGGAAUUUGUGUUUUUUUUUUAUGCACGGGGCACACAGCGUUAUUAUGUUGUACAAUUUGUAAAAGAGAACACUGUUGAAGUUGUACCAGAGCAGUGGGUGGAGAAGAGAGAUGGGGUGAGUUGAUCAAUUAAACGGUUGACCCUUUUCAGGCAAAGAGAUGGAUAACUUUAAACUGUCUCAUAUCUUGCAGGUCCUGUGUUGCUAUUGGCCAAGAAAUGCCAGCGCAACAAUGAUUAAGAGAGGAAUCCGGCCUGACAAAAUAUUGAUAUUAUGGGAGAAGUACAGAAUUUCCAUCUUUUCAUCCACUGGUAAAAUAAUAUUUUACUGUAUCCAUCCACUCCCGUUUAUAUUGCAAUGUAUGCUUGGUUGUGUGGCUCUGGAGCAGGUUGCAUCAGUUGAACAUACUCCUAUACGUAAGGCUAGUUCCAACGUAGAAUAUGUUCUAAGCCAGGUGUUAACCUGUGUCACCACCUGGUUGAAGUAAUAGCUUUUGCUAUGCCAGGGUGUAAAAACUAAGUGUAAUGUGGGGUAGACGUAUAGUAUAAAUCUAUAACUAGUUUCCAAGGUAAGUGUUUCAUGACUAGUUAUGUCAAAUCUUGUUCAAUUUUCUAAAUCAGUCAGGAAGUCAGGAACUUCCCCCUCUUAAGUACUAUAUGUAUGUAUUUGCUGGAAGUAUUACUAUGUGAAUUACAAAUACUCAAUACACUGUUUUGCCAGUGUUAAUAGGAAAGUAUUUAUGACUAUGUUUAUUCUACGUACAGACAAUUACUCUGUGGCAGAGCAACGAGCCAAACGGGGGGUUGACACCUCCAAUGUUGAAUCUGACGAGGAACCAGCGAAGAGGGCGGUGACUAAACCAAUCAGAUUCCGUGUAGAGCCACCUCGUGAGGAUUUCGUAACUACUCUUAUUCCAUUGUGUGUAUUACAUGCAUCAGGAAGUAGAUGAAAUAAAUGACUUUUUUUUGUAUUGCGCUUCAUAAGAUGAUGAUGGAAGUGAAGCACUCCAGAAAAGCCCAGCUUACAGUGCCCAAGCUUCCACCAGCCCUUAGUGGUAAGAUCCUGCAUUAGUCAACUAGGUCAUUAAAUGUAUAAUCAGCAAGUUGAUGGUAAGUUUGACACACAUUCAAGUAUGUGGGUGAAGAAAAGCUUACAGUUAAUGCAAGUACUAGUCUUAAAUUGUAGAGACGGCAUGAAAUCAUAACCUAAUGACAGUUGAUAUGACAACAAAUACCACACCCAUCUGAUCUUGACAUACUUGAUUAUUAGUCACAUUACCAAAGUGUAACAGUUCUUCUUUUUUAUUAGCAACUUCAAGAGCCAGUGUCUUUGAAAAGACCCUGCAAGGUAGGUACAUAAUGUUUCAAGCCUACUUUCUCAAAGUUCUGUUCCUACCAACUGUAUGGGAUGGACAGGAAAAUCUGUUAAGUGUGUACUGUAAAUGUGGUAAGGGUUUGACAUCUGUGAUAUUCUCUGAAGUUGCAGAUGCAGAGGACUUGAGGCCAUGUGCCACCUCAAGCCAGAGUGACAGUAAGUGUCUGGUUGUAGUUUGUUAGGGUAAACAAUUGAAUUGUAUGAAGUAUUAUAGCUUUACAAACCUUUCAAAGCCACUUAAUAGAAUACAUUUACCAUCACAUUUUUGCAUAUUAGGCUAUUUAAAGUCUUAUCACUACUUUGUGCAUACUGUUAGAACUUUCCAAAUACUUGUGGUGCUGUGUAUGGGUGAAACGUGUACUUACAACAGUAAUGCAAUAACCAUAUUCUUCUGGGGUAAAACACAAGUGUGAUGCCAUGUUUGUAAAUAUCUGUAUGUAUUUGCCAUCAAACUAAAAGCAUUAUUUAAAACAAAAAUAUAUGCUUAGCAUUUAUUUUUGUUGGGAUUCAUUAACCUUCCCACUGAGCUCCUGACUGACAUCCCUUCACUUUUGGUUCUGUGCCAGUUUCAAAAGCAUGCAAAGUAUGUCUUAAUUUUUGUACAUCUGUUUUCUUAGUUAGUCCAAGUGGCAGCCAGGAAGAAGCUGGACAAGACAGAGCAUCAUAAUCAGGUUUCUUUAGCCAUUAAGAUAUUAAUCUCUGUCACGUGCUGAUCGAGAGAACUCUUGUUGGUUGGGUCAGGGUGUGAGUGUGGUUUGAGAUCUAUGUUAUUAGAUUCUAUGUUUAGGAUCUAGUAUGUGUAUUUCUAUGUUUGGCCGGGUGUGAUUCCCAAUCAGAGGCAGCUGUCGCUCGUUGUCUCUGAUUGGGGACCUGGUUGCCUACCUUAGUUGUAAAGUGGUUAUCCCACUGGCUAUAAGGUGAAUGCACCUAUUUGUAAGUCGCUCUGGAUAAGAGCGUCUGCUAAAUGACGUAAAUGUAAAUCUUGACUCGUGUUUGGCUGGUUGUGUUUAGCCACUGUUUGAGCUUCACGUUUUGUUAUUUUGUGCUUAUUCUUAUUAAUAAACAUGUACGCAUACCACGCUGCACCUUGGUCUGACCCGUCUCUCAACGAUCGUGACAAUCUCGAAAUCGUAAAUCUAGGAAGUUUAAAUAACAGCAUGAUUUUUUUACUUAUAUUUUAGACCAAGAGCUGCCAUCCCUGCUUGAUGAGCCUGUGGCUUCUGAGAUGCCCGCUGGAUACAUUAAAGGUAUAUUAUGCUAGCCUAUAUGUUACAGAAUGUUGCUUCUCUUGUAUUAUCAACAUCAAUUCCAAAUUGUAUGGCUGUCAGCAGCUAUAUGGUUAUCAAUACUACUAAUAUAUAUGAAGGGUGGAUAUUUUGAUCGAGGUAUUUCACAUGGCCUUGGUACAUGCUCUGCCUGGUACUCAUGGCUUGUAUCGUCACGCUGCUUGCAGCUAAACUGUUGAGUCUUUAUUAUUUUGCAGAUCUUCAAGCAGUGGAGAAAGGAUAA